AUGUUGGCUGAUCGCGGCGUCGGUGAUGAGAUUGUGGAACGUGUGAAGAUCACGGACAUCAGCAGACAGUGGAAGUUGUGGAUUGGCGAGGAUGGGGUGAUGCAGUUGAAAGGGAUGAAGGAGGACGCUGAGGAUGCGAAUGUGGUUACUGACGAGGGCAGAGGCAGAAGAGAUGGUGACAGAGAUGUUGUACUUCGAGAUUACAUUUGGUUUUUGGUGCGGUGGCAUCAGGAGCAAGAGCAACAACAGUACGAAAGUAAGGGUAGAUAUAUGCGUGCAGCCAGAGGUGAAAAAGAGGUUGGCAAUGAAUGUCGAGCAAGACGAUCAAGAGAAGGGAAAACAAAUGAAUUCUACGGAAAUAAACGCAAAAAUGUUGUGGUUCGAACCGGAGAAAGGAAAAGGGGAGAGACGAGAUGUGGUUGUCCAGCUCGGAUGAGUGUUUGCAGAAUCAAAGAAAUUUGGGUUGUGAAGUAUUUUAUAGAACAACAUAACCAUCCAUUGGUUACCCCUAGGAAGGUUCAUUUACUUAGAUCCCAUCGUGAUGCGUCGGCUACGAAACGAGCACUAAUGCAAGAGUAUACAGAGGCAAACAUUUCGACCUGCCAGCAAGUUAGGUUGUUUGAGAUUGAUGCUGGGGAGACAAAUCAACGUCGACGACAUUUAAUAUAUCAUGUGGCCGAGGAUCUCUUAACUUGUAGUUGUAAACACUUUGAGUUUGAAGGAUAUCUUUGCCGGCACAUGCUAUGUUGGAUGAGGGUCGAACAAGUGAUGCUCGUAUCGAAAAUGUACAUUAAAGAAAGAUGGACGAAGAAUGCAAACAACAACCUUGUUUAUGCAACGUCACAUAAUCUUGUAGCAGGCCAGUCUAUCCUAGGUAGACGGGGGACAUUGAUGCAGUUAACACGAGAACUCAUAGAUGAAGCAUCUUUAACAGAGGGCAGGAGCAAAUUUCUUAUGGAAGAAAUCAAAGUUUUGAAGAUUGAGAUAGGUGGAAUUGAUGCAGAAGAAUGCACAACUAGCACUUUGAGCAGAAUAAAAAGUCAGCAUGAGAUUGUUCGAGUAAGCGAUCCCGAGCCUGUACGUACAAAAGGUUGCGACAAACGUCUAAAAUCAGGAAAAGAAAAAUCCAUGUUGCAGAGUUCCCGAACAUGUAGUUUCUGCCAUCGAACAGGCCAUGAUAAACGCAAAUGUCCUGACUUUGCAAAAUUUAUGAAAAUGUAA